AUGGGCAAGCGGGCGAAGCCCGAACCCAGCGGCGCCAGCCAGCUUGCGGGUCGCGGCGGCGGCACUGUGGGCCGCGGUGGUGGCGCGGGGGGCCGUGGUACUAAGAAGUCCAAGAUGAAGGCCGCCGCCGAGACGUCGAAGGAGUCCCAGGUCAUAGGGCCGUUGAUGAUCAGGACCAAGAGCGUCGACCUCACUGGCCCCAAGGGUUCCUGCGGACGCUGUGGCUUCAAGGAGGACGCCGAGCAUCCGUUCCCCGACGGGAAGUUUUGGAUGGAUUACACUUGGCCUACUCUUUGCGGGGCUUGCGAGAAUGACAGCGAGUUGGCCGACUCCUUCGAGGCGUGCUGCCAGGCCGCCGACGGAAAGCGUUUCUCGGCCACGUUGCCGCAGGACGUCACGAUGGGCACGCAGACUGGCAUCACGGUGUACUCGGACUGCGUCCUCAUCACAGACGCCCAGUACCAGACCGACAUCGCCCCUGCAGGGGCGCAGAGCUUAACGCCGCAGCAGGCAGGGGAACGUGCCACAGAAGUGCAGAACGAGCACAAGGGUGAUGCGGUCACGGGGACGCUAGCCUUGGAUCCGACGUCGCCUUAUCUCAAGGUGCGCAGGUUCACCACCACCCUGAACACCCGCAGCGAGAAGGCUCUGUCGGCCGACGAUUGCUGCCGUGAGGGCGCGGCUUCGUCAUUGGAGGAGGCCGCCAACAAGCUCAUGCGCGAGCAGAUGCCCAUUACCUUGAGGGGGAAUGUUGGGAUUCCGACGGUGGCCGAGCUCAAGGCCAGAGCCUUGGCGUCGCUUGGACCAAACACCGACGACGCCAGGCCGCCCAGGUCCGCGUUCGACAAUGCCAUCCAAGUGCCUGAUUCGGUUCCAGCUGGCGCUGCCCGUGGCUCCAUGGGCGACGACGCGGGGCCGCUGCCGUCAGGUGCCAGCGACCACAGCCGCGGGGCCUCCUCGAUGAUGACAGGGACGCCGCCGUCCGUCAAGAAGCCUGGUGUGGCAAACGACGCUUCGGAGAAGGCGAGGCUGAAGGAGCUCAAGGAUUCGAUCUCCUUGGGGCGCAUCCUCACGAAGGGUAAGGACCAUGGCAUCGGUGAUAAGAUCUACGCGCUUCGGCGCUGGAAGCCUGAUAGCGACGUCUUGGGCGGCGAGAAGGACAACUACCUCAGCGACAUCGACUGGUGCACGACUCUGGGUGGGAAGGCCAUCGAACAAAUGGGGCAGGAUACCCGCCUGCGGCUGCUCGGGAACAUCAAGCACGUGGACCUCUCGGACGCGGUUCCUUUCAAGCUGCAGCUCUGCGCGGUUGCGGCCAAGGAGAUGUUCGACGUUGGAGGCAAGGUCGAGAUCUGCAUUCCCUGGAAGCAGUGCGCGGGCGAGUUUUCGAUGCUUCAUCCUCGGUUCUCGGCUGCUGGGGUGCCUGACGCAGAACUCGUCGAGACGGGCAGGGCGUUCUUCAUCAACAAUUUGAUUUUGCCGUACACCAAGCAGGAUAAGAUCCACAACUCGUGGAUGAUGGACCUGAUCGAUCAAAUCCUUCCUCGCGUCAAGUCCGAGGCGGUUCGCGAGGAGGCUGGCGUGUGCAAAGACCUCGCGAAGGAGAUCUACGUGUACGCCGAGUCCCUCCGCAUCCUCAUAGACCCCUCGCCCACAGCGCUGCUGGAGUGCGAUAUCAGGUCUGAAGUUCGCAAGUUCCUUCGUGAAGAAGCUGGGCCUGAGUGGCGCGUGGUCGUGACGACCUUCGGCUCGGAGUGGAAAGCGUGCCUUGAGGAGUACAACCGUUCCUACCACACCGACGUGAAGUACGGCGAGAAGGUCUCCUCCGUGGAACGGGUGCUCGGGGACGCUAUCAAGACUCUGACCGUUCAGGACAUUUCUUCGAUCAUCGCGAACUUGAAGGAGUGGGGCCCGUUGUUGCGCCUGGGUGCUGCGAGAAACAUCAUGAACCAUUUCCGCGACAAGCUGGAGGACUUUAUCAAGAAGUCUGUGCUCGCGUCGGACAUCGGACACCAGGCGGUGCCAGAUAUCGAGGAAGUGACAAAGUUGAACUUGGAGUUCCUCGAUCUCCUGAGCCUCACCCCGAAGCUGCGUGCCAUCUCUGAGGACACGGUCCAAGCAUUCAACAAGAUCUAUGCCGACCUGGAGAUGUUCCAGGAGAAGGUGUACAUCAAAGGCAAGAGCGACAAACUUGUGGAGGCUUGCGACGCCUACGAUCCCAAGCGCGAUGAGACAGUGCAGAAGAUUGCCGUCGCUUUGACGGAAUCUCAAGGCGCACACUUCGGCUCGGGCGAGGUCGUCGCCAAGCUCAUCGGAUGUGCUCGGACUUGCUUCAAUCACGUUGUGCAGAUGGGCCUCGACUUCACCGCAGAAGAUGAGACAACUGAUACCUGGGCCGAGACCGCCGAGAUGAUGAAGAAGAUGCUGGCAGUGGCAGCUGGCGCGGUCAAUCGCAUCGGGGAGUUCGACGCUGACGCGCGAGAGAUCCACAGGCUGGUGGUCACCAAGAUGAUGCUGAUCCAGUUGAUGCUGUCCAUCGGAGCCGUCACCGCCCGCAAGCCGUUCGCCGACUUGCACGUGGAUCUUGCUGAUGACGCGCAGGAGUUCGUCGAGACCGCCGCCGAGCCGCCCCAGGAUCCCGAGCAGCCGCAGGGAGAGGGGGCCUCGACAACACAGGGUGCGGAUGGCUCGGACGGGGCCGACGGCAAGAAGACGCUCGAGGUUACGAUACUGGCCGACUUCAAGGCUUUCGAGGUCCUCGCCAAAGUGGCAAUCAAGACAGGCCGCGACUUGCUCAAGGAGUUCUCGACGGUGUACUGGGACCUGGUGGCGGACGCCACGGAGUACGCUGCGAAGGAUAUGGAUGCCUUGAGCGGCGGCAUCAUGAACGGCGGCGGCAAGAGCUGGACGGACGGCCCCUCCAGCUUGCAGAACUGGGAGGAGGUCCUGACCCAGAUCAAGGCCACGCUCUUCAAGCAGAAGGGCUUGGCAACCAAGGCGCGCGCGCUGAAGGGCGACAUACUCAAGCAGCUUGGCGAGCUCAAGAAGACGGCCGACGAGCACGGCAAGAUGAGCGAGUUCGGUGGCCUCGAGGCGUCGGCGCUCAAGGCCGUGGGCCGCGCGGAGGCCACGCUGUUCGAGGCGCGCUUCGCUCAGCUCGUCAAGGGCGGAGUCCACGCGAAGGACCACAAGGAGUGCUUGCUGGCGUUCAGGGAUGAGCUGCACGACGCGAAGUACUUCAAGGAGAAGGACAUCCACCCAGUGAUCGCGGCCAAGCUGGAGGAGAUGCUCACGCAGGCCUUCAACGACACAUUGUAG